AUGUGUCUAAAAUUUAUUGCCAACUACCAAAGCCUGCAAGAGGACCACGAAGAGAAAGGCAGCCACCGUCGUCUCGUGACCCUCGUCAGUCGCCUGAAGGUGGCGGCGCGCGCCGAGGACGAUGGUCAGCAAUAUUCCUGCAGGGGCGGCCACCCCGCCCUCAAGGACGCCACUGCCGCCCUUGUCGCCUCCGUCACUCUCUCCGUCCUCCACCCUCCGGUCUCGAUAUCGCUGAGCGGUUGGUCCAAGAAAGACAUCGGCAAGUCCGGCCACAAGGUUCGCCUCACGUGUCGCGUCACAGGCGGCAACCCACCACCCACCAUCUCCUGGUUCAGGAGAGGCGUGCCCUUGCCCACCAACUCAUCCAUAGGAGGAGACCGCAGUAAAGGAGUUCCAACAUCAAAAACCCCGCUACCCGUUGGGCACCUCACACGGAAAAUCAAGAGUGAGGUUGAGUUCGAGUUGGAGGAAGAGGACGACGGGGCAUCAGUUGAGUGUCACGCUAACAGUGACAUGCUCGAUAAACCGUUGACUGACAACGUCACGCUCUCCGUCAUGUACCCCGCACGUUCCGUCCACAUCAGCGGACCGUCGUCCAUCACUGAGGAACAAACUGUGGACUUUGUUUGUCGGAGCUCCCCGGCCAACCCCCCUGUUGCCCUCAAGUGGACUGUUAAUGGUGACGAAGUGGCUUCGAAAGAAGAACUUAAGAUAUCCAAGAGCCCUGAGGGAGGCUGGGUCUCCCAACUGCCGCUCAACAAAGCCAAGCUCGGCCACUUGGGCUUGUCUGAAGUGAUCGUCGAGUGCAGCGCUGCCAGCAAAGAGCUCGACAAGACCACCUUCACCUCCCAUCUCGUCACCAUCGUCAAGCCUCCCGGUCCCCCGCUGUUGGCCAGCGAGGUGCAGCAGACUGUCCCUGAGGGCUCCAUCGUGCCUGUGAUCUGUACGAGCGUCGGCGGCAACCCUCCGCCCUCUAUUGUGAUUUCAGUGAGCGGGCAGGAGAUCACAUCAGAGUUGAUCCACCGCAACGGUGUGACGGAGGCGCGUGCGCGCGUCACGGCGCGGGCGUCCGACAACGGCGCCGCGGUGCUGUGUGAGGUGUCAGGACCAGCGCUCUCUAAAGCAAUGACCGCCGUCGCCAGACUCGACGUCGCAUUCAGCCCAUCCCGCAUCAGCGGGGUGGCCGAGCCGAUCGAGGUUGAUGAGGGUCAGGAGACAACCCUCAUCUGCGAGACGUCCUCCAGCAACCCGCCCGCCAACAUCACCUGGCGGUCGAAGGGCGGCCGUCUUUUGAACGGCGCUAAGCAGAAAAUCUCCAGCGGCGAACAUGGUGGCAAAAUUACAGGGUCGCAGGUAACCAUAAAAACCAAAGCGGCAGACAACGGACAAGUGUUCGGGUGUCUUGCAGACAACGGUGUCACUCCGCCCGUUACGGUCAACAUCACCACGCGCGUCAGACAUGCGCCAGUGUGGCGGGAGUCGCCGAGCGAGCUGGUGGACGUACACGAAGGAGACGAUCUUCUUGUCACGGCCGAAGCUGCGGCAAACCCUGGACCCGUCAGAUACCGCUGGGAACAUUUCGGCCGUCUGGUGUCAGAGAGCGGGCCAGAGCUGCACAUUUCUAGGAUAUCUCGGGAAGAGGCCGGCACCUACACCGUCUCUGCGACCAGCCCCAAGGGCACCAUCAAUACCUCCUUCACCCUCGACAUUCUCUAUCCUCCUGAAGAAGUGCACGUCACAAAGCGCGUAACUGUGAAGGAGGGCGGCGUGGCGAACGUCGAGUGCACCGCGCGAGGGAACCCUAAGCCGAAGCUGUACUGGUCGCAGCACAACAGCAGCAGCUACACGGAGGAUAAGCUCUCAGAAGGUUUAGGCUCGGCGCGACUCGUCCUGAAGGAAGCAGCGCGUCAACACACCGGCCUCUACUUCUGUCAUGCACACAACUCCCUCGGCGCCGCCCCUCCCGUCGCUGCCGCCAUCAUCGUCACGCAGGCUGUGGAGAUGGUGGCGGGGAGUGAGGUACCCGGUGGUGGGUCGGGGGGGUGGGCUCCCCUGGGUGGGCUGGGGCUGCUCUCGUGCUACGCGAGGGCGGCCCCACGGCCCACUUUUGUGUGGGCUACAGAGAACGGGGACCGACUAAACUCUUCUGAAAAACAUGUCGUGCAUUCAACCCAACUGGAGGAUGACCUUAUCCUAUGGUCGUCCCGGUUAGAGGUUCGUCGUGUGACCGUACGGGACUACGGCCUCUACAGGUGUACGGCUCGCAACUCUCUUGGUGCCGGCACAGCUCUGUACGCUCUGCACCCUCCCAUGCCACCACCCACUCCUCAUAAUCUCACCGUUGUCAACGUAACAAACGACUCAAUUGUGCUGGCUUGGAACCCAGGCCGAUCUAAUCAUCCUGCUGCUUAUCGCAACGCGUUUGUCAAUGGUGUUGACGAAUCGCGCGAUUCUUCUGAGAGAAAGAAGAGCGACGUGGACAAAAGCGCCGAAGUCGUAGGAACUCUCGUGCCAGACGCAGAAUACGUGGAGCAAUCACGCACCUCGGUCGACGCAGCAGCUGCUAGCCAGGCGUACAACAGUGAAGUGGGAUACAUUCUUCAGUACAGAUCUGAGCUUACCGGCAAGCAUCAGGUGGUUGAGAUCGCCCCCGGAUCGUCGACGUGGGCGCGAUUGUCGGGGCUGCAGGCUGGGGUCACGUACAGCUUCGUCGUGGCGGCCGCAAACGAGCAGGGAACCUCCAAGCCCACGCCACCUAUUGCUUUCAAAAUGCCUGACACGGACAGUCAGGGCCUGGUAGGCUGGAAGACCCCACGGCUGCUGCUGCUCAUCCUGAUCGUGACGGGCGGGACGCUGCUCGCCCUCAACCUGGCCAUCAUAGCGUGCUUCUUGAGGCGCAGAGCUCGGGCAAACUCCCUGUCUGCGUCGAGCAGCAAGACGACGGGCAUCGCCCUGUACCCCGGCACGCCUGGCAGCGACGGUGACGGUCAACACGAGCUGCUGGCGCCCACGCCGCUCCCGACGCGCGGCUCGGGUAAUCAUUUUGAAGAUGAGGAGCUGACUAGCUCCUUGGCCCAACCAAUCCUUCUGUCGCCGGGCAGGAUUAGGUCUCCUUCAUUAUCAAACUCCAACAACUUCAAAAACAACGAUGAUAUCAUGGACUUACAAGUUCCUGAUAACCUCUCUACAAGUCCAGAUGAACUAAAAGGGUGUGAUAACACCCAAAUAUUAAGACCCACGACAUGCCAAACUAAUGAAAUAAGCACUUGUUUCUCAACUUUGGAUCCAAAUAAGUCGUGUGAAAAUAAUGAGCUCGGACCAGAAAUUUGUUCCCUUGCUGGAAGUUGUUGCGAGGGCCGAUCGCCUUGUCGUGGGGAGGAUCAAAUUUCCAUAUCGUCGUGGCACAGCUACCCCGUGCAUUGUCCUCACGUGAGAAGGAAUAAUAAUUUGACUGAAGCACAAGUAUUUUCCAGCCUACAUUCUCGGCCUAAACCGAGUAUUGAAACUUCUGAAUCGAAUAGAUCAAUGAUACAACAUCAUCAUCCCUUAGGUUUUAGCAGGAAUACAUUUAUACCACAUCAGCCUUCGAGUCUACCUGAGGAUAAUUUAGAUCUACUCGACUUGGUGCACUCUAAUUCACGCAUGAUGCAAAUGCAUCCUCGGCACCACAUGCAUUGCCAUCAGAAAAUCAUACCUUCUGCAGAUCCUUGUGAUCAUUUUCAUCCUGCGUGUCAUUCCAACUUUGGCCGCGAUCAUUUUCCCCAUCAUCACCAUGUGCAUCAGUUACAUGCACCACACGGUCCUACAAUAGACCCUAUGCUCAGCAGUGAUCGUAGCUCUAUCGGGAGACCCACUGACAAUGAACGACUGGAAUCAUACAAAGGAGACUCUCCUAACGAAGCCAUUCAUUCCGGCAACGUCAGGACGGAUCUGCAAAUAAAAACUUUGCUACCUUCUAAUUACGACAAAAAUACACAUGAUCCCAACCAAACAAGGAUGAAUACGAUUUCACGAUGCAGCUAUACCGAAAAGUCUUAUUCAAUGUUUUCGGCUCUGAAUCCAGCUGACUUGUGUGGCUACACGUCUGAUACCCAAGAUUCUCGAUGCUGUCAAGGAGGUCAGUUUGCUCACUACGGAAGCCAGGGUCCAAGGCCUCGGCAAAGCGAAUCUCCGAGCCAUUUCACGACUUUAAAAAGAGGCAAUCACCAGAGCCAGGCGAUGAGUCAGCGAGACGGCAACAAUAUGAGAGCAGUGCAAGCUUUUCCUGACGUUCAACUGCACGGGAUUGAAGGCCAGAGAAGUCCAGUUCCUUCAAUAGGCAUGGCAGGAUCCCGGGUUUUGAUGCGCAGUUUUAGUGUUGACGGCGGCGGCCAUCAUGAACAGCCGAACAGUAACCAAUACUGCCACGGUAUCGACACGCCAUGUUCUGACUACGACAACGUAUCAAAAUAUCUCAUCAACCAAAAUUCCGCUGAAAAUAUUGACAAAACAAGACUGAGUCGAGAUAACAAUUCCAAAGUAAUGAAUCAAUUUAGUGAUUCAAGUCUACGGAUGAACCGGUCGGCCUGCCAGCCUUUCCCCACUCACGGCAGUCCACACACAACGAAACCCAGUGAGCCGAGGGUUACUUUUCAUGAACCUAUAGCAGAAACUAAAACUUUUCAUGACCCAAGACUUGAUGAUGACGAUGAUGACGAGUUUGACGAGGACAGUAAUGUGAGCAGCGUUGGCAAUCACAGCAGUGGAUCGAAUUCUAUUAUAUACGCUAAUAACAUCGUACACAACGACUCUGACACCGAAAAAAAUUCCUCCAACUCAAAGCCCGUAGAAAAACAUUCCUCAGGCGCUGGUAAAUAUUCCCCUUCUCAUUUGCGUUCCCCUCCUUUAUCAGCUUUUAGAUGUUCAUCGUCUACAUCAUCGAAUGCUUCAUCCUCGCCUUCAUCAACCUUGCGAGGACAUCGCAACACGAAAGUUUCAGCCCAGCAGCGCCCGAACAACGCGAGUGAUACCAGCAGCAACAGUAGCUGCUCUUCAGCCCCCACUGCGUCUUUUGGUGCAAACACUUCCUCUGCGAAACCGGAUUUGAAUGAAAUGAAUUCAGUGUCAAUUAAAAUUGUCAAUAGUUCACCCGUAAAUAAGCAAUGCACCCACAUUAAUCCCUCUGCUAAUCCUCAGGAGUCAAACGGACCUACAUGAGAAUUGCGACUUUCAAUCAGUAGUGAUGUGUAAAUGAUAAGUCUGUCACUAGAUAGAUAUGAUUUUCUUAAAGCUUUUCCUCCGUCACUGAGAUAAAUAGAAAUUGGUUGAAUUAGCAACACAAAAGAUCUCUAUUGAAGCAGAAUGAGUUUCUAUUUUUGUUAUAUAUAUAAUUCAUCUUGCAACAUAAACUUUUCUAAUCACGGUUAUUCUUCGUUCUUUCGAUCUUUAUGCUCACAAAGUUUUGAAGUCAGGAUGCAAUAUAGUGAGCGGUCUAACUUCGGUUUAGCUUCCCAAGUCUCAAACAACAGCUCAAUAUGAUAAUCAGACAAUCCUUUAUUUUGUCGUAUGAAUAAAUAAUUGGUAGCAUUUAAUUUCCAAUGACGUCAUAAGCUAGGGAUUAUAGUAUGAGAUUUUCUUGCAUUGCAAUGAACAGUCAAUUAUCUUCAUGUUAUAUUAUUGUCUAUUCAUCUUUAAUUCAAAACUAGACAUCAGGCAAUUAUGCCGAUCAUUUGAUACCCGCGUCGUUAUGCGUCAUUUUGAUGCCCGUAACGGUUCGUCGUCUCGUCCUGACGAUUGGUCUUCUUCUAAUUAAUCUUCAUUAGAUUGCGACUCAUAGGAAAAAUCGAAUAAACGAGACGAAGCGUGAUGGUUCUUCUGGUUUGUCUGACCUGCAGCGAUUGGUCGUGGCAGUGCAUCAUUUCGCGACGGUUCGUUUGGUUCGUUUGAUCGUGUAAUUGGCCUGCUUGCAGACAUUUGUCUUUUCGUAACGGUUCUUCAGGUUCAUUUGAUCGUAUAAGUGGCCUGCUCGCAGACUUUUGUCGUAUCGUAAUGGUUCUCCAGGUUCGUUUGAUCAUAGAAUUGGUUUGACUGUGGACUUUUGUCGUAUCGUAACGGUUCUCUUGGUUCGUUUGAUCCUAGAUUAUUGGUCUGGCUAAGGCCAAGUACCUCAUCGUAACGGUUCGUCUGUUCGUAGCAUAUCGUGUGGGUUUGUCUAAUGAUUUCUUCCAAGCGGUUCGCCUGCUAGCUCAUGGCACUGCUUGGAAGAAAAGUAUUCUCAUGUCUUAUUGUGGAUAUAUUUUUUUAUGCACCUAUUCGCUUAUUCCAUUUCCAGUUAAAAUCUUCCCAUUAUACGUUAUUUUUAAGUGAAAUUCCAAGUAUUAAUUUUAUGCAUUCGAUUGAUUUCCCUUAGAACACUAGCAGGUUAAGUAAUUGAUUCGUAUUGGCCUAUGGUCACGUGUGGCGAUAGUUCUAUCAGCGCCGACAGCUAUAACAACUCUUGCAUUGCUUUUAAAAUACAAUAUUAUUCAAACACAACCGUUAUAGUCAGUGAAUUAUAU